AUGUCGGUGCCAUUUUCUCCACGCAACCUCAUCCACUUUGCAAUCUCACUACUGACAAAUCCUCGAUAUUUCUGGUCUCUCGCUUCUCUGGUCAUUAUCGGCGAUGUAAUUCUCACAGAGCUCGUCAUUCGCUUCAUCCCAUACACGGAGAUCGACUGGGAAACAUACAUGAUUCAAACAGAAUUGUAUAUCAAUGGACAGCGCAACUAUACACUGAUCACAGGUCCCACCGGUCCGCUAGUCUACCCUGCGGGACACCUGCGUAUCCAUCAGGUUCUCUACGACGUAACCGAUUCAGGCAAGAACAUACGGCUUGCCCAACACAUUUAUGCUCUCCUCUACGCCGCAACAGUGGUUCUUACGUGCAGCAUCUACCGUAAAGCGCGUAACAUCCCAAACUGGGUUCUCCUCCUCUUACCUUUGAGCAAAAGACUGCACUCCAUCUUUGUUUUGCGCUUGUUCAACGAUUGUUGGGCUGUUUUCGUGAUGCAGGCCGCAAUUCUGGCAUUUCAGAAUGGAUUGGAUGAUACGGGGUGCUUGCUCUUCAGUGCUGCAUUAUCCAUCAAAAUGUCAAUUCUUCUUUACCUUCCUGGCCUCCUUGUGAUCCUCUUCAAGCGCAAAGGACUUGUCGCGACUUUCAUACGCCUUCUGUCCAUUGGAGCUCUUCAGGCAUUUUUUGCACUUCCAUUCUUACAAGAGGAUCUUUGGGCAUAUGUACGGCUUGCGUUUGAUCUUGGGAGAGUCUUUUUGUACAAGUGGACCGUUAAUUGGAGAUUUCUUGAUGAACAAACAUUCUUGAGUCCAACUUGGGCAAGGACCUUGAUGGCCGGACAUAUCAUUACCUUGGUCGCGUUCGGCCUUUUCAGGUGGUGCAAACCUGAUGGAAGUGUCUGGGCUGUACUCGCUCGCGGAUUUAGACGCCCCUUGCAUCCCGCAGGGCUCGCACCGGUGACUCCUGACUAUGUUGCCACUGUCCUCUUCACCUCCAAUCUUAUAGGAAUAAUAUUUGCUCGCUCACUCCACUACCAGUUUUAUUCGUGGUACGCGCAGCAGAUACCCUUCUUAGCAUGGAGGACGCGUUAUCCCUGGGUUUUCAAGAUUGCGAUCGUUGCGGCUAUUGAAUAUGCAUGGAAUGUAUUUCCGUCAACAACACUGUCUUCUGGUAUAUUAUUUGCCGCCAACUCGCUCCUUCUGGUAGGAAUAUGGCGACGGCUUGUCAAUGUCAGGUAG